AUGGCUGUCUUUGCGCGCAUGGUGAAGGGUCAAGUGCGCCACUACUCUGCCCCGGUGGACAUGGCCAUUCCGGCAUCCAAGCGCAAGUUCAUCCCCUCGUCUGGAUCGUAUCCCAAGGGCUUCCUCGUCUCGGGUACCCACGUGGGUGUCAAGGCCUCCAACACCAAGUUCCCCGAUUUGGCCCUGAUCUCCUCUGAAACGCCCUGUUCCGCCGCGGCCGUCUUCACCACCAACAAGUUCCAGGCCGCCCCUGUCCAGGUCAGCCGUGAUAUUCUGAAGACCCGCCAGGGACACGGCAUCCGGUCCGUCGUGAUCAACUCCGGCUGCGCCAAUGCUGUGACUGGAAAGGGUGGUCUGGAGGAUGCUGUUGCGAUGGGCAAGAAGGUGGAUGAGUGCAACGGGCUCAAUGAGCCCAGCACGCUCGUCAUGAGCACUGGUGUCAUUGGACAGCGUCUCCCCAUCUCCAAGAUCCUCAACAACAUCCCCGCCGCCCACACGAACCUCUCGUCCACCCACGACGCCUGGCUGAGCACCGCCCGCGCCAUCUGCACGACCGACACCUUCCCGAAGCUCCUGUCUCGCACGUUCACGCUCCCCUCGUCGCCCGAGCGCACCUACCGCCUCGCCGGAAUGACCAAGGGCGCCGGCAUGAUCCACCCGAACAUGGCCACGCUCCUAGGCGUUCUCUGCACCGACGCCCCCGUCGAGCCGUCCGCCCUGCAAUCGCUCCUCAAAUACGCCGUCGCGCGGUCCUUCAACUCCAUCUCCAUCGACGGCGACACCAGCACCAACGACACGGUCGCCAUCCUCGCCAACGGCGCCGCCGGCGGGGCCCCCGUCACGUCGAGCGCCGCCUCCCCCGACUACACCGCCCUGCAGGACAUCCUCACAUCGUUCACGCAGUCGCUCUCGCAGCUGGUCGUGCGCGACGGCGAAGGCGCGACCAAGUUCGUCACCGUGCGCGUGCAGAACUCGCCGCACUACGAGUCCGCGCGCCUCAUCGCCUCGACCAUCGCCCGCUCGCCGCUCGUCAAGACUGCCCUCUACGGCCGCGACGCUAACUGGGGCCGCAUCCUCUGCGCCAUCGGCUAUACCCAGGGUGUUGCGCCGGGUACCGUGGUGCCGGAGCGCACGAGCGUGAGCUUCAAGCCCGUCGACGGCAGUCCUAUCCUGAAGCUGUUGGUGAACGGUGAGCCUGAGCAGGUUGAUGAGGAGCGUGCCAGUGUCAUUCUCCAGGAGGAGGAUCUGGAGAUCGUCGUCGAUCUCGGUGGUGGCGAGAAGGGCGAGCAGGGUCUUGGUGGUGAGGAAGCUGUGUACUGGUUCUGUGAUUUUAGUCAUGAAUAUGUCACUAUUAACGGUGACUACCGGACCUAG